UUUAUUCUGGAAGUCUGUUCUAUCAGCUCCUGUAUUCUGGCGCUAUGAAUCCAGAUCUUGGAUCAUUACAGAUACUAUUAUAUGUUCCUUUUAUGAUCUUAUGUUCUUCUGUAAAAUCAGACUUAGUACCUCGUUUUAUUUCUGAGCCACAUUCUGUUGUCCAGAAACUUGGCAAACCUGUAACACUACAAUGUUCUGCUCAACCUGUGACUGUUCAUAUAUCAUGGUUGCUUAAUGGAAAAAAAAUCGACAGAAAUUUGGAGCAGAUUGAGGUCCUUCAAGGAACUUUAAACAUCCUUUCUCUCAAUCCAUCUCUUUCUGGUCAGUACCAAUGCAUUGCUAAUAACAGCAUUGGUGCAAUUGUGAGUAAGCCUGCAACAGUGUCCAUUGGAGGUCUUAGUGAUUUUGGUGCAACAGCAAAACAUGUUGUUAUAGCAGAGGAACAAAGUGCUGGGUUCAUUGGCUGCAAGAUACCAGAAAGUAAUCCUUCAGCACAGGUGCGCUAUAAGAUCCGGGGGAAAUGGCUGGAACAUUCCACAGAUAAUUACCUAAUUCUUCCAUCAGGAAAUCUUCAGAUUUUGAAUGUAUCUUCAGAGGACAAAGGUUCAUAUAAAUGUGCAGCUUAUAAUCCUAUCACACAUGAAUUAAAAGUUGAACCCACAGGCCACAAGCUCAUUGUGAGCAGCUCUUCAUCAAAAUAUGUUCAAAUUAUUCACCCAACCUUUUCCCAGUCAUUGGCAGUGAUUUCUCAUAAUCCUGUAACUCUGGAAUGUGUGGUGAGUGGGGUGCCUGCUUCCCAAGUGCAGUGGCUAAAGGAUGGCCAUGGUUCUCUUCUGGGAAGUAACUGGAGAAAGUUGUAUUCCAACCUUGUCACUGAUAGCAUAGCUCCAACUGAUGCUGGAAACUAUUCUUGUGUGGUGGGAAACAAGUCUGGAGAGCUCACACGUGUGACUUACACAGUUAAUGUGCUGGAACAAGCCUCAAUUUCCAAAGGAUUAAGGGACCAGACAGUUUCCUUAGGUGCCACAGUAUAUUUCACAUGUACCAUUCACGGGAACCCAACUCCCAGUCUUACCUGGCUUCAUAAUGCAGAGCCUAUACACCCUUCCUUGCGGCACCUGAUAGUAGAAAACACAUUGAGAAUCAGUGGCGUUGUCACGGAAGACUCAGGGUUAUACCAAUGUGUGGUGGAUAAUGGGAUUGGAUUUAUGCAAUCUACUGGGAGACUUGAAAUUGAAACAGGCAGUGGAUUCAAGCCAAUUAUAAUAACACCCCCAACAAGCACAAAAGUGAUAGGGGGUGACUUUGUCACUUUAUCCUGCAAUGCCACUGGGCUGCCAGUUCCUGUUAUUCGUUGGUAUGACAGCCGUGGUUUGAUAACCAGCCAUCCAUCACAAGUACUUCGCUCUAAAUCACGAAAAUCACACUUAACAAAAUCUGGAGAUGUCACAUUAGAGCCUGUUUACUUCAUCAUGUCUCGAGCUGGAUCAAGUUCCCUAUAUAUUCAGGCUGUAACAAUGGCGCAUGCCGGGAAAUAUACCUGUGAAGCCACAAAUGAACAUGGUUCUGCAUUGUCAGAGGCAUUUCUUACCGUUGUUCCUUUUGAAACAAGCACCAAAGCUGAAACAGUUACACCUAUUGAUGCCACACAGAGUCAUGGACUUAAAAAGGAUGAUUUUGCAGCAGGGCCUUUGAGCAGUUUUCCAAUGAAGUUACAUUCCAACACAACAGAGGCAUCAGUAGAGAGAAAUACCAGUAGUUUCUCUGCUCCUGAUGCCCCCAUCAUCCUGAGCCCCCCACAGACCCACAAACCAGAUGCUUACAACCUGAUUUGGAGAUCAGGGAAAGAUGGUGGACUACCCAUCAAUGCCUACUUUGUAAAAUAUCGAAAGCUGGAUGAUGGAGUUGGUUUAGUGGGAAACUGGCACACAGUUAGAGUUCCUGGAAGUGAAAAUGAACUCCACCUAACAGAACUGGAACCAUCCAGUCUUUAUGAAGUCUUAAUGGUAGCAAGAAGUGCAGCAGGGGAAGGACAGCCUGCCAUGCUUACCUUCCGAACUAGCAAAGAGAGAACAUCAUCAUCAAAAAACACCCAGGCUUCCUCUCCACCGGUGGGCAUCCCUAAACAUCCUGUUGUUUCUGAGGGGACCAACAGCAAUUUCGGGGUGGUGCUUACAGAUCCCUCCAGGCAUAGUGGAGUUCCAGAAGCACCAGAUCGACCUACUAUCUCUACUGCCUCAGAGACUUCUGUAUAUGUCACUUGGAUUCCUCGGGCAAAUGGAGGUUCUCCCAUCACUGCUUUCAAGGUUGAAUAUAAAAGGAUGAAGAAUAGUGACUGGCUGGUGGCAGCUGAAGACAUUCCACCUUCCAAACUUUCUGUGGAAGUGCGUAGCUUAGAACCAGGCUCCACGUACAAAUUUAGAGUAAUUGCUAUCAACCAUUAUGGUGAGAGUUUUCGAAGCUCUGCAUCUCGCCCUUAUCAAGUAGCUGGAUUUCCCAACCGUUUUUCCAACCGUCCAGUUGCUGGACCUCACAUCACAUAUACAGAAGCUGUCAGUGAUACCCAGAUUAUGUUGAAAUGGACAUACAUUCCUUCAAGCAACAAUAACACACCUAUCCAAGGAUUCUAUAUCUAUUAUCGACCAACAGAUAGUGAUAAUGACAGUGAUUAUAAGAGGGAUGUUGUAGAAGGUUCAAAACAAUGGCAUAUGAUUGGUCACCUCCAGCCAGAAACGUCUUAUGACAUUAAAAUGCAAUGUUUUAAUGAAGGGGGAGAAAGUGAAUUUAGCAAUGUAAUGAUCUGUGAAACUAAAGUGAAAAGAGUUCCUGGGGCCUCAGAAUAUCCUACCAAGGACUUGAGCACCCCUCCAAACUCUUUUGGAGGUGGAGGGAAUGUUGGUCCAGCACUGGGUCCUGCCCGGAGCAGUGAUAUGCUGUAUUUGAUCGUAGGCUGUGUGCUUGGAGUUAUGGUGCUUAUUCUCAUGGUUUUCAUUGCCAUGUGCUUGUGGAAGAAUCGACAGCAAAAUACCAUACAGAAAUAUGACCCACCAGGAUACCUUUAUCAAGGCUCAGAUAUUAAUGGACCAGUGAUGGAAUACACCACUUUGCCUGGCACAAGUCGAAUCAAUGGCAGUGUCCAUGGAAACUUUAUCAGCAAUGGAACCCUCAGCAAUGGCUGUCCACAUCUCCACCAUAAAGUUCCCAAUGGAGUCAAUGGGAUAAUGAAUGGGAAUGUUAAUGGAGGACAUUACCCUGGACACAAUUCCCUUACCAGAACUCAUGUGGAAUAUGAGCACCCUCACCACUUAGUGAAUAGCGGUGGAAUGUAUACAGCACUGCCCCAGACUGACCCUUUGGAGUGUGUUAACUGCCGUAAUUGUAGAAACAACAACAGGUGUUUCACCAAAACCAAAGGCACUUUCAGCAAUGGUUCCCUUCCUGUGAUCCCGAUGGUAGCACCUUAUCAGCCAGAUAGCUUAGAGAUGAAACCCCUGAGUCACAUGAUGGUACCCAUGUGCCUCGCCUCCACAGUUCCAGAAUGUGGUGAAUUACCUGAAGAGGGCAUCAAGGACAAAGUGGUACCAGCAUCCACCCAGCAUCCUUGCUGUCAAGAAAACAUGAAGCAAAUCAACUCAGACUGCACAGAAGGAGACAACUGUCUACAUUCUGAAACGGAGAAUCACGUUUUAAGUUGGAGCUCCCUUAUUUUGCCAUCUCUCUUCAAGGGACAGCAAAGCUGUGAAAAGACAGCUUGGUCUAAUGCUGAUAUUACAGUUGACAGUACUUCAAGGGAUCUUCGACAAUCCCAGGAAACCUGAAUGUGUACAAGUGACUUUGUUCCCACUUCAAGCCAAUAACUGCACAACAUGGACAUGGGAAGGGACUACAGAAAAGACAUUAAUUCAAAACAGAGAGAAAGUUAUUAUUUAUUUUCUUGGAGUAGUAUUGUCAUUUGAAUGUAUCUUAAAAUGUUUGCCUUUUUAUAUUAUUUAUGCCUUGAAAAAUUCCCUUUCCCAUUCCCUUUUCCCUCACAGUGCAAAGCAGUGUUGUUCUAUAUAGUUUUAAAAGAAUUUGAAAGCCAAUGGAAUUUCCAUAUUUUCCAAUAAUCUUAAUUAUGGGAAGAAUCCAUUUAUAGAGAAUCUUGAUUGUUGGCAGUUAGAGCCAUGGCAAUUGCACAGGUAUUUUGAAGUUUGCUGCCAGUUAUAUUGUUGUCAAAUGGAGAGCUAUAUAAUAGGUGAGGUAUUUUUGCAGCAAGAUCUGGGGACAUUCUAAAGUCACUCACAGUUUAGUGUUUUAUAAGGGACCCCUUGUCCUUGUAGAUCUGACACACAUGAACUGUGAGAGUGCUGAUCACUUAAAUAUUGGAAUAUUGAAUUGCUUUCUCUCUAUAGUUGAACACAAGUCUGGUUGCACUUUCUAGGUAGGCAUCCAGAAACGGACUAGGAGGAACAAGAACCCUCUGAAUAUUUAAUUUAGUAGACAGUAAGAUGCAAGGUUUCUCUCCCCCCCUGCCCCCCCAAAAAAAAUUGGUGACCAUUUUAAAAGGGUAGAAAGAAAACCAAACUUUACAAAGUGGAUUUGAGAAAAGACCAUACAGUUAAAGAAGGGGAGGGAGGAAUGUAACUCCUCUCUAAGGACCUUUAGUCUGAUACAUGAAUUGAGGCCAAGGUAUACCACUUUAUCUAAAAGAAGACACUUUCCAACUCUUAGUAUGGCCAAUUGCUUAGAAGGUAUAAGUGUUUAAGGAAAAGAAGUAGGCAUCAGGAGUCAACCCUAUUCAUUGAGAUGGGAGAAGACAAGUUGCAGGUGAUUUGCUGAUCCUAUGCAUUCUUUAUAGAGAUGUCAUCAUAGUAAUAAACAAGCAUCUAGAGCUUUAGGCAGCAAGGCCUGUAAAUCUUAGUUACUAUUGCCUCUGGGUAUUUCUCCCUCUCCUUCCUUUAGAAAGAAGAAAAUCGGUGAUAAGAAUGUUCCAUAGCAAACUUGAGUCAAACUCUUGUAGAAUGUUGUUCCUAGUUUAAGUUUCAUAUCCCUUGGGGAGGGGGAGAGGAGAUGGGAAACAGAAGGUCUCUUCAUCAGAGACCCUCAUUAAAUGUUUUCUAAGUUGAAUUAAGUUGUGCAAAGUUUUAUGCUUCAAGAGGGGAAAAAGAAUGAUUCUUCUAAAAUGACAACAUAUCUAAAAACAGUAAUGUAUUUAAAAAUCUGUCUAUACAAAUGCAUAGAUAUUUCUAUUAAUGUCUAUAUAUUUUGUAGGUAGAAUCUCCAGUGAAAAUGUUUUGUUUGAUUUUGUUCACUAUGCAAGAGUUAUUCCCAGUAGAAAAUAAUUAUUGCAGUUUCAUGGUAGGGCAGUUGGGGAUAUUACUGGACAAACAGGUUCUACAUUCCAGAUGUUCAUGUUUGCAAUAUGCUGGGUUUAUUCUUCAUGGUCCUCAGAUUCAUUUAGUUUUGGUUAGGGAUGGGCACCCCCUUGACUUCUUGUGCCUAGCUGGGUACAACCUCCUACAACACAGAAUAUGAAAACAAGCUCCCUGUUUUCAAAGUAAUCUGUUGUGAUCUUAUCAGAAUAGGAUACUAGAGAACUGCUAGAGGGCUGUGGAGUGAAUGCUUGUUGGCAGCCAUUGGGGUCAGUUUGAUUCAGAAAACUAAGAAGUGGGUUAGCAUGAGCCGAGGGUCAUAAACUGCGUUAAAAGAGUUAAGUUUGGAGAUGGGAUUUGCCCACAAGGGGGAGAAUGCUUAACCCUACCUUGUUAGUACAAUCUCAUCAUGGACUGCUUUAUUUAUAUUAUUAAUAACACUGUUUUAAGUGUUGUCCUUUUUAUUGUAUUUUAUUUAUAAAAAAUAUUUUAUAUAUAUAUAUAUAUAUAAUUGCCUUUAUGUUUAGGACUUGUGAGUUCUAACCAACCAAUGGACCAUUGUGAGCCUGUAAAUCCUGCACAGCUCCCAAAAUAACUGGGAGCAAUCUAUUAUAUUCACUUCUACUUUAGUAUCAUUUCGCCAGGAAAUAAGAUGAUAUAAUACAGAGAUGGCCAAAAUUUAUAAGAGAUCUGAUCUGAUUGAGCUGUUUGCUGUUACCUAUGUAUUCUUUGGCCCAUGCUGUUCUUGUCUGAGGCAUUGAUUUCAUUAACGAAAGCACUACUCUAUAUCCUAUGUUGAUAGAGCUGUAUGCUCUAUUGCCUAUUUAUUUGCUGCUCAUUCCUUGCACAGUAUGAAAAAUUAGAUUCUCCCUUGUAUACUUUUUUAUAUGUACUAUUAGGGUUUGAAAAUAUUGUACCAUUUCUUCCCAGAGUUUUUUUCCUAUCCAUUGUAGUUUUAUGUUUGCAUAUUUAAUUCCAAGUUCUUCCCCUCACUAUUCCUUCCACUCAAACACUCAAAGUAUCAUUUGUAUCAUUUCCUGGUGAAUCUAAUGCAGAUUGUCUGCAUAUGACUUGUAUACUUUGCAGGAGGCAGGCUAAAUAGCAAUUAAUGACUUUGAUCAUGAUCUUUUUGGAAAGCCUUGCAACAUGAGUUACUUUCUUGAUAGUAUUAAGAUUGUAAGGACUUUUGUAUGGAAUCCUGGUUGAUCCCUUUUCACAAAUCCACUCAAGCUACAGUACUGCCUAGAAGAGAAAUUUUAUAUUUGAGUUUCACCUAUGUUGCUGUCUUUGAAAACAAUGACAUUGAGGUGCAUGUUUUGUAUCAUAUAGAAAAAGUAUGUUAUAUUUUCCUAAAAACAAACAAACAAAAAGUUGUAAUUUUGUUUUUGAAAUUGUACAUAUUUUAAAAGAUGUAGUUUUGGCAGGUGAAUUAUGUUUUUUUAAAUUGUUGGUAUGAUUUACAUUAAAGAGAUUGCUGCUUUGAUACA